AUGCCUCGCAAGCGAAAUCUAUUCAUGCCAAGUGCGGGCGCAAGCACAAGUUCAGCACGGCCCUCAUCCCUCAGCAAUCCUUCACUCAUCGAGGAUCCCAAUAUCCGAUCGGGCGCCACAGCGGCUCGAGAUGCUGCACUUGGCUUGGCGGAGAGCGUCACUUUGGCCAGGAAGCUCGCUGGGGGUUACGCACUCCGAAGAAGAGUGUCGAGCGUGCCUGGCAAGGGGCAGGAGGAGGAAAAUGAGCAGAUCAAGCCGAAGCGGCGAAAGACGGCGUGUAGGGCUGGUGAUGCCGAGCGCAAUGCAUCUGCGUCGAAGAUCUCAGCCGGCAAGUCGACACGCGAAAGCCCUUCGGAGCUGCUGGAUCAUGAGGAGAGGGGAAGCGCAUCGGACUCGGACUACCGCACGCCCAAGAAGCGCAAACCCACGAGUCUAGCAACUCCGAAGCGCAAGAAAGCUGGAAGCGUGCCAGACACCAAGGUCACCGAGCGCAAGAUCAAGACCGAUGCGAGUGGUGCGAAUGAGGCUGACGAGGCGUCGCAGCUGAGACACACAGACGGCACGCCCCUCUCUCCGCGCAAACCGAUCAAACGAAUCAAGCUGUCGCUCGAGCAAUCCGAAAUCCUUUCUGCUCCCUUGCAGUGGGAAGAACAAUUAGCAGUGUUGUCUGCUCAGCGCACAAGAAUCAGAGCUCCUGUGGAUACGAUGGGAUGCGAGGAGAAUGGAAGGGACGAGUUCAGAGGGGACAAGGAUAGAGUCAAGGAAGAUGUGGAGAAGGAACGAAAGAGGGAAAGGUUGGCUGUGCUUGUUGGGCUCAUGCUCAGUUCUCAGGUGAGAUGAUCAAGCUCGAGAGGCAAUGCAUACUCAUCUCCAACUUGCUCAUCGAUGCACCCUGGCCCUUCUGAUGUCUUACUGCGUGUCCGACGACCAUGCCACCGCAGACCAAAGAUCCAGUCACUGCAGCCGCAGUCCGCUCGUUGCAGACCAACUUACCGGACGGCCUGACACUCCACUCGCUCCUGACGGUGCAACCUGCGCAUUUCAACUCUCUCAUCAACAAAGUCGGUUUCCACAAUCAAAAGACGAAGCACAUUCUCUCCAGCGCGCACUACCUCUCUCUCCAUCACGACGGCGAUGUUCCACGAACAGUGGACGAAUUAUGCACUUUACCAGGCGUAGGUCCCAAAAUGGCCUUUUUGGCCGUUCAGGCUUGCUGGGGGACCAAUGCUGGCAUUGGAGUGGAUACGCACGUGCACAGAAUGACGCAGAGGUUGGGAUGGGGUCCUACGAAGAAUCCAGAAGAGACGAGAUUGAGGUUGCAGAGCUUUCUACCCAAUCAGCUUCACACUACGAUCAACAAGACGCUCGUAGGUUUUGGACAAGUGAUUUGCGUACCUGUUGGUCCUAGAUGCGAGUGAGUGCAGCAGACUGCUUGCCCAGCUCAUUGUGCUCGGCAAAUACGUUGGCUCGCUCAUCCUCGCGCUCCAAUCUGCUCCGUGCUUUCCUCCUUCUUUCGUGCAGCUUGUGCGAUCUAGGCAGCAAAGGCAUGUGCCCUUCCUUUCAACACAUUGACGCAAAACGAGCAGCUUCGCGCAUCAAAGUGGAACUCUUGCCAGAGUCCACCGAGAGUAGGCAUAGUGUCAAGCGCGAGGAGACGAGGCAGGACCCUGGUUCAACAGGCAAGGUGGAGAGCGCGCAAGGUGUGCAGAGCAAUGUUAAUGGCUCAAUGACGAUGAGCGCACGGGUCAAGGGAGAGGACAGUGAGGUGGCUAGACGUGCGUCUGAUGUGGGUUCGCCAGAAGCAGACGCAACGCAUGCAUCAGAGGUGGAAGAUCUCCUCUUGGCUUCUUUGGUCGCCCCAAGUCCUUCCCGGCGCGCUGCUCGUUCACGAGGACAACGGGUAAAGUCAGAAUUGGACUGGUGA